GUGUACUCAGCGAACAGCCCUUGAAAACAAAGUUGUGUGCUUGUUGAAUGAGGUGUAUACUUUACCAUGCUCCGAGCCAAAAAAAAAUUAGGGUCGAUUGCAUGCCUGUGCUCCCAGAAAAAUAUCCCGCAAGGUUAAAGUCGACAGCGCCUACGGUCUUUUUACUUUUCCUCCUUCUUUUCAUUUGUUAUCCUUCCCUUCCUUAUUAUCCACCUUAAUAAUGCGGUCUUUCACAGCGUUGUCUCUCGCCGUGAUGGCUUGCGUUCUUUCCACAGGAGCGGAAGCUGCUACCAAUCCUUUUCCUAUGCCAAAAUGUCAUGGGUUUACUCUGGAAGAAGCUACUAUUGACAGUAUUCAAGCAAGAUUGAAAUCUGGUCGCUUAACCAGUCACCAGCUUGUGGAAUGCUAUGUGGACCGUGUUGAAAAGAUCAAUCCUUACAUGAAAGGUGUCAUUGAGCUCAACCCUGACCUGUAUAAAAUUGCUGAUGACCUUGACAAAGAGCGUCAUCACGGCAAGGUUCGUAGUGCUAUGCACGGUAUUCCCAUCCUCGUCAAGGAUAAUAUUGCCACUGCCGAUAAGAUGAACACCACUUGCGGUUCUGACGCACUAAUUGGAUCGAUCGUACCGCGUGAUUCCCAUGUUGUUGCACUUUUACGUCAAGCUGGAGCUAUCAUUAUGGGCAAGGCGAACCUGGCUGAGUGGGCUGACAUUCGGUCAGACAACUAUUCGGAAGGAUGGUCUGCUCGCGGUGGUCAGACUCGGAACGCAUACAAUCUCACUCAGGAUCCCGCUGGUUCAUCUUCCGGAAGUGCCCACUCUGUGUCUUCUAACUUGGUUACGGUCGCCAUUGGUACUGAGACAGAUGGCAGUGUCAUCGGCCCUGCUCAACGCGCUGGGAUCAUUGGUAUCAAACCAACUGUUGGUAUCACUUCCCGAAAUGGUGUUAUCCCUGAAUCCCAUUCUCAAGAUACCGUCGGUACAUUUGGUAGAACUUUCAAAGACGCUGCUCAUGUAUUGAAUGCUAUUCGUGGUAUUGACAAGCGCGAUCCCGUCACUGAGGAACAAAAGGGUCGUGUCCCACAUGAUUAUACCAAGUUUGUUUCUUCCAAGAAAGCUCUGAAGGGUGUUCGUAUUGGUAUCCCGUGGAAGCGUGUAUGGCAAUCCUCUACAACCGUGAACCAGCUCCCUCAACUUUUCAGCGCCAUUGAUGAACUGAAGAAGGCUGGUGCCAUCAUUGUUAACAAUACUGACCUGCCUAGCAUUGAAAUCAUCUCAUCCGACCCUCCUGCGUGGAAUUGGAUGUACAAAAAUGGACUCGGUCUCAAUAACGAGUCAGAGUUCACCGUUGUUUGCUAUGAAUUCAAGCGUGACUUGAACAACUAUCUCUCCGAGCUCAAGUCCUCUCCUGUUCGUACCCUCAGCGACAUCAUCCAAUACAACCUUGACCACCAAGACACUGAGAUGAAGUAUUUCAAACAAGAGCUUCUCGUACAAUGCGAUAGCGACCCUUUCACUGAAGAAGAAUACACCGCUGCUGCCGCUUAUAUACACAAGACCACUCGCGAGCAAGGCAUCGAUGCUGCUUUGAAGAACCAUAAAGUUGAAGCUCUGCUUGUUCCCUCUGACAAUUGGAGCUUGUGUACUCAAAUCCCUGCUCAAGCGGGCUAUCCUAUCGUAACUAUUCCUGCUGGCAUCGAUCCUUUUGGUGUUCCCUUUGGAAUCAGUUUAUGGGGAACUGCUUACUCUGAGCCUACUUUGAUCAAGCUAGGCUCUGCCAUUGACGACACUCUCCGUCGUCGUAAAUUGCCCCAGUUCUUAGAGCACACUGCCACUAAUAUUCCCGUUAACAACGAAUACGGCUUCUACUUCUCUUGAAUUUUCAAGUAGUCCUUGAUUGCAAGAGCUUCUAUAUUUAUCUACCUCAAUAAAAAGAAAGCCAGAGCAGUCAAUC